AUGGCCAAGGGUAAAGGUAAAGAAGAUGCACGUAAUGCUGAUCGUGGUGUUUUAACGGGUACAGGUAGAGGCCGAGGCCGAGGUGAUCCAGAAAUUGUUCGUGGUCGAGGCAUUAUAGCCACUGCACCUUCUUCAGUUGACUUUAGAGCCCCAGCACUUACUCCAACAACCCCUAUACCAUACUCAGCCCCUGCAGCCCCUCCACUUGCUCCAGUUGUCCCCACUGCCCCAACUUCUUCAAGUUCUGUUCCUGGAUCGAGUGCUAGUCGAUCUGCAUCCUCAUCCUCAUCAUAUGCUACUAGGACCUACUAUUAUGUGCAUGCAAGUGGAAAUCUUAUGCCUUCUGAGAAGACAUCUAGUGCCUGCACAAAGAUUUUUCAAAAGUACAAUGUCGAGGAGGGUUCUUCUUGGAAGAAUAUCUCACAAUCCACAAAAGAUUUUUAUUUCAGAAAAGAAUUUCACUGGGAUGAGGGAAGUGCUGCAAUAGUGAGGAAGGCAUGGAAUAAAAAAGCAGCUACCCGAUACAAAGACUUUCUGACAAAUGAAAAGAAGAAAAAAAAGAGGAGUGCUUAUAUAUCAAUUGAAGUUUGA